AUGAGAGCUGGGGGUUGCACGGUGCAGCAGACGCUGACGGCGGAUGCGGCAGUGAUGGUGAAGCAGGCGGUGAGCCUGGCUCGGCGCCGCGGGAACGGGCAAGUGACGCCGCUGCACGUGGCGAGCGCGAUGCUACAGGCGCCGCCGCCGUCGGGGCUCCUCCGCGCGGCGUGCCUCCGGUCGCACUCGCACCCGCUGCAGUGCAAGGCCCUCGAGCUCUGCUUCAACGUGGCCCUCAACCGCCUUCCAGCCUCCGCCGGGGCCUCGCCGCUUUUCGGCCACCAGCACCACGGUCAGGGCUACUACCCGCCGUCCCUCUCCAAUGCGCUCGUCGCCGCAUUCAAGCGCGCGCAGGCGCACCAGCGGCGGGGCUCCGUUGAGACCCAGCAGCAGCAGCCGGUGCUCGCCGUCAAGAUUGAGCUCGAGCAGCUCGUCAUCUCCAUCCUCGACGACCCCAGCGUCAGCCGCGUCAUGCGCGAGGCCGGCUUCUCCAGCCCUCAUGUCAAGGCCAACGUCGAGCAGGCCGUCUCGUCCAUGGAAGGGAACAAUACUUGCACCAUCGGCCCUGCCGCUGAUGCGCACGGCCGAAACCCUAAACCUAGCGCAGCUGCUAGCAGCUUACCAAUGCCACCACAUCAAGAAGCCAAAGCUCGAAAGCUACCUCUUGAUCAAGUGCGAGAGGAGGACGUCGCGGCCAUCCUCGACUGCCUUGCCACCCAGAGCAAGAGGCGGGUCAUGGUCGUCGCGGAGUCCGCGUCCGCGGCCGAGGCAGCGGCACGAACUGCUGUGGACAAGAUCAAACGCGGCGAAGCGAGGCAGGAAACCAUGCGGGGCGCGCAGGUAGUCAGCCUCAAGAUGUCCAUGUUCCGGGACUUGCCGAGGGUCGAGGCGGAGCGGCGGCUCGCCGAGCUACAGUGCGUCGUCAAGGCGGCAGGCGGUGCUGUCGUUCUGGUCGUGGAGGAUCUCAUGUGGGCAGCCGAGUUCUGGGUCGGGCGCAUGGAGGCGGGGAGGAGGUUGGCGUCAGGCUGCUACUACUACUGCGGCGUGGAGCACGCCGUGGCCGAGGUGCGCGCCCUAGCGUGCCACGGCGACGGCAUCCGAAUGGUCGGCUACGGGACGUACCAGGCCUACAUGAGGUGCAGAACCGGACACCCGUCGCUCGAGGGUCUCUGGGGGAUCCACACGCUCGCCGUCCCCGCCGGCAGUCUCGCGCUCAGCCUCAACUGCGUCGAUGUCGACAGUGAAGUCGCGCUCAAUCAUCGCCGGUCGAUGAAAGCCGAGUGCGACGUAAGUGGAAACGGAUCGACGUUGCCUGCUUGCCUGUCGCUUUUGGACGGAGGUGGUUCUGGUCAGCUGACGGCUGCCUCCACCUGCUGCGCCGAUCGCACCGCCACAGAGGCCGGCCCCGUGAAAGAACUUCACCGGUCCAUCGUGCCAUCGUCGUCGAGCAUCCCUCCCUGGCUCCAGCAUUGCCGUGAUCAGGAGCCUUCUCAUUUCAAGAAUUGGAGCUCGACAUGCGGCGGCUCGCCGUCCAUCAGGACGACGCUGAACAAGAACUUCUCGACGGUGGUGUCGCCUUCCUCCUCUGUCUCCUCCCACGAGCAGUACUACCGCCAGCAGCUGUACCAGCCAUGGCUUGUCGCCGAGGCGCACGGGCCCAAGCACCCAGGGAGAGCCCAGUACGGCGGCGAUGCAGCCGAUGGCGUCAGGCUUCUGAGCGCCGCGGCCAAGUCCCGCGACUCGAGCGCCUCCAACAGCUCAGUGGAGGUGGAGUGCCGCUCCAGGUUCAAGGAGCUCAGUGCCGAGAACCUCAAGGUACUCUGCGCUGCGCUGGAGAAGGAGGUGCCGUUGCAGAAGGAUAUCGUGCCCGAGAUCGCCAGCACCGUCCUCCGGUGCCGCUCGGGCACGGCGAAAAGAUGCAACGUCGAUGGCAAGGGCGCGAAGGAGGAGACGUGGAUGCUCUUCCUCGGAGGCGACACGGACGGCAAAGCAAGGGUGGCCAGGGAGCUCGCGAGCCUCGUCUUCGGCUCGCGUAGGAGUUUUAUCUUCAUCGACGUCAACACGUUGUCGCCGGCACGGUCGGAUUCCACCGAGCAGCACAGGGCGGCCAAGCGUCCACGGUCGGCGGCAAGCCGGGGUUACCUCGAGAGGCUCUUCGAGGCCGUGCGCGACAAUCCGCACCGCGUCAUCUUGAUGGAUGGCGUCGACCAAGUCGACUGGCGAUGCCAGAUCGGCAUCAAAGCGGCUGUCGAGAGCGGCGUCGUGCGGAGCCACGUCGGCGACGAGGUCUCCCUCGGUGACGCCAUCGUCAUUCUCAGCUGCGAGAGCUUCGGCUCGAGGUCAAGGGCUUGCUCCCCGCCGCCGACGAAUAAUGCAGACUCGAUGCGCCAAGAGGAUAGCACGUCUGGUCAUCGUCAAAACGAAGCCGCCGCCACGUCGUCGACGGGGUCUUGCUUUGAUCUUAAUAUGAGCGUGGAUGACGUCGACGAGUUUGAGGAGCAGGAGUGCUGCUUCGAUGAUGCGGGCCUGCUCAAGGCAGUGGACAGGACAUUGUUCUUCAGACCACCGGCGAACUUGUGA